UAAUAGCAUCUAAUGCUCAUCUUCAAGUAGCAGAUUUAGGAAAUGGUCAAAUCAUAUCUACGCAUGUAUCUGAUCCAAAGUCACCAAAUCAUACCAAUGGAUCUCACUCUGGCUUGAUCCGUUUAAUGGCCAUCCAUCAACAAAAAAUUGAAACAACUGGUCAAACUCGUUCACUCUUGAUUAGUACUGGUGAAGAUAAACUUUUGAAUACUUGGGAAUUACCUGAAUUGCGGCUUUUACAAUCUAGAGCACUAUCCAAACGCGCAACUGCUCUCUUGAUCUCUCCUAAUGGUAAAAAUAUCGUGAUUGGUGACAAGUCUGGAGAUAUCUACAAUCUUCCGAUCGAAGGAUCUGAAAAUCUAGUCUUUGCAUCGGAUCCUGACGAAGAACUCAAAGAGAGCACACCAGAAAAAACAACAAAGGAUCAGCCCACGAAACCUACAAUCGCAUUGGCACCUAUCGGUGGUCACGUUUCGAUCCUUACAUCUCUCACGUUCAUCCCCAUUCAACCUACCCCACUUCUCGUCUCUGCGGAUCGCGAUGAACAUGUCAGACUUUCGCGCUAUCCUAAUGCCUGGUCUAUCGAAAGUUUUCUUCUAGGUCAUCAACGUUUUGUAGGCGCACUUCUCUGGGUACCUGAUAAUAGUGGACAAACUGGAGUUCUUAUCAGUGGUGGAGGGGAUGAUGAAAUCUAUGUUUGGGAUGUUAAAGAAGCUAAAUUGAAGCAAAAGAUUUUCGUCAAAGGACUUUCAGCUGGGUUAAAAGUUCAGCCUGAAAAAGAAGCAUGGUUCAUCAAAUCGAGAAAAAAUCAAAAACGUCAACAGAAUAAGGUUGAGAAUGGUGAGGCGAAAGUGCCCGUGAAGAUUGGCGCUCCAUGUGAUCCACCAACUGCAGAUAAGUCGACAAAACCUACCGAAAACCAGAAAGCCGAUGAACCAUCGGAAGCUUGCACAGAACAAAAACCUAUAUCACCAGAGAUGUGUAUUAACAACAUGAUCUGCACUAAUGUCCGCCGUUUAUAG